UCCACACCUCCUGCACCACCUGCAGCCCCUCGCCAUGUCUCUUGCAGAAGCGUCCGAGGCGAGAAAAGCUAGGCUUACCGCGCUGCGGAAGCGCAAGGCCGGUGAGGCCACAGACGAGGCUGGAGCAGAUGAUGAACCAGUCAUUAAGCACCGUUCCUUUGACCCGGAUACGCGUACGCUGAAGAAGCAUGCACAAGAUGAAGAUGUGCAGAUGGAGGACACGGUCGAACACCAAGUAGAGGGGCUCGCAGAGAAGAUCAUUGCGGAGGAUGCUGAGCGGAGAGCACAAGACCUAGACCUGUUUAACAUCGCGCCCAAAAGGCCAAACUGGGACCUCAAACGCGAGCUAGACAAGAAACUCUCGAAGCUGGAGAGGAAAACGCAGGAAGCCAUACAUACCCUCAUCCGGCAACGACUAGCGGAACAGAAGGGCCAGUCCGACGAUCUCGUCGGCGCCAUGAACGCCGAGCAGCGGGCGGGCGAAAACGCCUCCUCAGACGAGGAGGAUUGAUUCCGACUAGCGUUAUCUGGACCUGCUACACCGCCCCCGCUGUUGUACUGUAUCAUCUACUUACGUGUACGUGUAUCCUUAUUCUGACCACAGCGUCAAGUAUGUUUGGCAUUUCUCC